AGAAGGGGAAAACAUCUUUCCCAAAUUUGAGAGCAACUUCCGUUUUGCAAAUUCCUCAAAAAGAACUCUAUACUCCUUCAAAAAACGUCUUAAGUUUUUCUGCAAAAAAAUCUCAGAAAGACGUUUUUCAUGUUAAAAUCGUAGACACCGUAAAAAUAAUGUUUUUUGGAAGUCUUACACGAAGCUGUUGAAAAGAAAUUAAAACUGUUUGGGCCUUGGGGUUAAAUUUGAUGAUGAAACGAAAAGUAUUCCUCUAUCUGAGGAAGAUCUUCUACAAGAAGAAAGCGCGCCACGCGGUCCCCCGGUCUUUUCCGCUCGAACGGAAAAGAAAAAUGGCGUCUGGGAAAGGCAUAGAGGAAAAUGUAAAUCAAGAAAUUGUGGUGGAAAAAAAACAUCGCGGCAUUCCAGAAGCUACGUUUUUGGAAGAUGUAGACGCCUUUAUGAAGGGUGACGGUAGUGAUGGUGCGGAGAGUGUCUUGAGACAGCUUGAUGAACAACAUCAAAAAUAUAAGUUCAUGGAGUUAAAUCUUUUGGCAAAGAAGCGCAAGUUGCAAAGCCAAAUUCCAGAUCUGAAAUCAACAUAUGAAAUGGUAAUAGUUCUCAAGGAGAAAAAGGAACAAAGUCAGACUCUUAAUACACAGUUCCUCUUGUCAGACCAGAUAUAUCUGAAUGCAAGUGUCCCUCCAACUGAUAAAGUUUGCCUGUGGCUUGGGGCAAAUGUGAUGUUAGAAUACAGUAUAGAUGAAGCAGAGACUAUGCUAAGUAAGAACCUUGAGGCAGCAAACAAUACAUUAGAAGCAGUUAUCAACGAUUUAAACUUUCUUAAAGAUCAGUAUGUUACUACAGAAGUCAAUAUGGCUCGUGUAUAUAAUUGGGAUGUGAAACGCAGGCAGGCAUUGAAGGCUGCAUCAUCAUGAUUGGCAUGUAUCUGUUCUCUGCUGUUGGGAUUUGGAAAAGAUGAUCCUAAAAAAGAAGAUACUGCAAAUAUGAAAACACAACUGAGUGAAUCACUUUAUCCUUAAACCACUCCAAAGAGUUGUUGUCUUUUUGAACACUUGAUUAUGAUUGCAGUAAUCAAUUUGUCAAAGCCUGAGACUCUCUUUAUUUCAGUUUUUCGAAUUUUAAAAGAACUCUAUAAAAGAACUUGAUAAAACGAAUCUAUAAACCAUCAUUGAUGAGGGUGAAAAAUUACUAACAAAAAUCUUGCCUUGAAUGUUUUGAAUUGAUGUAACUUUCACCAAAAUACUGUCAGGAUGAUCUAAUCAAAUGAAAACCUUUAAAAGGCUCUAUU